UAAGGGCUGGUUGUCACGGCAACGUUGUGUAUAGGUGGAGUGAGUGUCAAAUGAGUGCAAAAGUCACUGAGGGUACCUGAGCUGUUUACACGAAACAGACUUUGGCUAACAAGUUAAUUAUCGGACAACAAUGUAGGUGAACUAUUCAGCACUUGAACAUAAUAGUGAGAGAAAGCACAGUUCGCCAAUGGUGCUGGUUUGUUGUCAACUUCGUUCUGAAACGGGUCGUCGCCGCUUUGCUAGCCAGCCAAGCUCGACUAGCUCGUUAGCUUAAUGACCCGAAGCUAUGUCCAGCUACAACCUUCCACCGGUGAGGCACCUGCCUCAAUGGACCCGAGUCGGGCGCCUCGGGAAGCCUUGCUCUCCGCGGCGUUUACCGGAGAGCCACCUGCAGCCUCUGCCCCCUCCAGCGGACAGGAGAGUGGGGAGAGCGGCGGCAGGGGUGUCCUGUCACGGCGACACGGACCCCCGCGUCGCCUCCAUGCAGAAGAAUAUCCAGUUCCUCCAGCAGCAGCACAAGGAGACUCUCGAGAAACUUCACGCUGAGAUAGAUCAUCUCAGACGGGAGAAUAAAGAGUUGCAGUAUAAGCUGAUAAUGGAGCCUCCCAAGUCAAGUACAAGAGUAACGACACACAGUCGACGCGGCACUAGACCACCCACUCAGGGAAGUGAAGCCCAUAAGGGAGUCUACCUGGAGGAGAUGCUGCAGGACACACGGCCAGUGGAGGACCAAGCCCAGAGCACUGGAGACGAUGGCGAAGUUCUGGGUUCUGCCUGGCAGGUCCGCGGCCCGGAGGUGAAGGGGGGGCUCAUCACCUCGUUGCAGCCACUACGAAUUCACAGCAGCCCCUCCCAUCCACCGCGUGCUCCCACACUACACGAGUGUGAGGUCAUCAUUCGACAGCUCUACAAUGCUAACAGUUUACAGUCUCAAGAAAUUGUACGUGUGAAGUCACUGCUGAGAGAUAUUGUUUUGAGCAAGAAAAUCACCCCAGAAAACUACAUUCUGACCAAGGCCUUUCUUGUUGAUGGGACCCGGAAAUCUUCAGAAGAAAAGAAAUUUCCCAAAAUUGGUGUUCAGACAUUUCCAGAAAAAACGCCUGGACCCUCUGAUUCUGGGGUGGUCCUCCCAGCCCUCACACAGAGCCUCAGCUCCACCAUUGCAGAGAGACAGAGGAGGACCCGUGCUGUGCAGAGAGACCGGUUGAAAAGAACGGUGCAGUGACAGGAUCAAACUACCACAGUGUUACCUACGUCCCACCUCAGGGGAGGGGCUUGUCAUGGCUGUUCUGAAAAACCAAACGAACACAAACUGAGAGGAUUCUGUGGAACAAAUUCCCAGUGGCAAUAUCUGUAUAACAUUUUUAAGAUGGCUGUAAUGGGUACAGAAAUAUGAAGGACUGCAGAAACAACAA